GAUGUUUUAGACGAAUAUGGUCUUCGACAAAGUUAUAUACAUUCUUCGGUAAAGUUGUAGAUUAGGAUGAGGUUUAUAAGUUUUUUUUAAAGAUCUCUUUUAUUUUUAAAUUCUUUUUACUAAAAAAAGUUAACUUAAGAGCCCGAUAUUAUCUCCAUCAAUUUUCCACCGAUUUUCAUUUUUUUUGGCUCAUUCAACUCACAAACUCAUUAUCUAUCGAUACAGUAUUUGGUUAGACCGGUCCGGUCACCAUGGGUGCCGGGAAAUCCGGAUUUCCGGGCUUAUGUUUUUAUACAAAACAACGCUUAGUGUGCUUUACCAGAUCUUUUUGUUGCCUGAACAUGUCUUGAAUAUACUGAAUAAAAUAUCCAUGACCUUGAAGGACCUUACAAGAGAUCUGAAUCGGGUUGCCAACUCUUACCGUGCCGAAAUAGUUCCCUCUAACAUUUAAAUCGCUUUAAUAUCAGGCCUAAGUUUUGAAUGUAAACUAACAAUAGUGACCGAUUUCAGACUCCGCCAGACUCAUGCAAACAAUUAAGUGCUAUGGACACAACAGUAUCAUCUAUUGCCUCGAUAGAAGUAGCUAAUUGUGACUCCGUGUAUGCAAGUGUAUCGAAUCUAUCAUCAAUCGAUGAUCCCUUGGCUAUGCACACCGCAUCAAGCGAACGGAAGCGAAAAAUGUCAUUCGAGUCUAUUCGAGAGCAAGAAACCCCAAACGAACGAACUGUGGAACUUACUACACCACAAAAACCAGCAGUAAUACCGCAGACGUCCACAGUAAUAACUCACUUCGUCGACCACGUAAAAGGGCAGCCCAAACCCAGGAAUGACGCUACAGCCUUACUGAAGCUGUCAAAUUUCGAAACCGUCUGGGAUAUCAUUCCGAAAGAUAUUAUAUAUCAACUUGAAGGUCAUCAACCAGAAUCUGGAUUCCGAGGCAUAUCCCAAACAAAUUACAAUAGAAUGGUUGAUCACGUGGUUGCACAAAUCAGAGGGAUAAAUACAAAAAUUCCGUUGAGUGUGUUCAAAAAUGUUGCAAUGAAAAUUACAACAGCAUAUCCCAGCCUUCGCGAUCGAGAUGACGAUGGUGGAAUAAUUGAAGAUGGAGCAAGUAGCUUGGCGGAUAAGCUGCGUAAC